AUGAAGUCGGCAUUGCUCUGGGCGGCUCCCCUCUCGCUGCUGGCGGGCCUCGGUGCCUGCGGGAAGAACUUUGACGAGCUUCUCGAGGUCCCGGAAGGAUGGACGCAGCUCAACGAUGCCGUCAAUCCCUCGCAGCACAUACGGCUGUCGAUUGCCGUGAAGCAGCCAUAUAUCGACAGCCUGGAGGCCAGGAUGGCAGAGAAAGGCAACCGUCUGUCGAUGCAAGAGGUCCGGGAGCUGCAGACUCCAGCCAAAAAGGACAUUGACAAUGUGCUGCACUGGCUCUCGCAGAACAACCUCUACGGCGUCGUCGAAAAGGACUUUAUUCGAGUCUGGACGACCGUCGCCAAAGCCGAGCCGCUGCUCAAGAUGAAGCUCAGCCGCUUCUCGUACGAAGGCAAGCCGGCGGUGCUGCGAACGACCAAGUACACCAUCCCCGACUCCGUGGCCGACUCCAUCAGCUUCAUCAACCCCAUCAACAACUUCAUGUCGGCGCGCCAUCGUGAACGGGGCCUGACUUUCCUACUUCCUCCGUCAAAGGGCGCCGUCCUGCCAGGGAACACGACGGCCUAUUGCGCCGGCAGCGUGACCCCGUCGUGUCUUUCCAAGCUCUACAACAUCAACUACUCGCCCGCCAACACCAGCUCGCCCGUCAUCUUUGGCGUGGCUGGCUUCCUCGAGGAAAACGCCAACCUCCAGGAUCUCCGACAGUUCCUCAACCAGUCGGCGCCCGAGGUGGCCAAGACGGGACGCACCAUCAAUGUCGAGCUGGUCAACGGCGGCGUCAACUCGCAGGAGCUGAGCGAGUCUGGCAUCGAAGCGGCCCUGGACGUUGACUAUGCCGUGUCGCUGGGCUUCCCCACAAACGUCACCUUUUACUCUACCGGAGGCCGCGGCGUCAAGCUCAACGACGACGGACAGCCCAUCGAGGGCGAGGACGACGACAACGAGCCGUACCUCGAGUUCUUCCAGUACCUGCUGGCCAAGCCCGACGGCCAGGUGCCGCACGUCCUGUCGCUGUCGUACUCGGACGACGAGUUGUCCGUGCCCCGCGACUAUGCGAAGCGCGUCUGCAGCCUGUUUGGCCUGCUGACGGCCCGCGGAACGUCCAUCAUCUUCUCGUCCGGCGAUGGCGGCGCUCGCGGCGGCCGAGCAUCGAGCUGCCUGACCAACGACGGCACGAAGCGUCAAGUCACCAUGGCGACCUUCCCGCCCACCUGUCCCUGGGUGACGUCGAUUGGCGCCGUCACCAACAUCGCAGAGCCUCCCAACGGCGCCAGAUUCAGCACCGGCGGCUUCUCCCAGUACUUUGCCCAACCUCGAUGGCAGAACGAGGCAGUCGAGGGCUACGUCAAGGCGCUCGGGGGGCACCUGGACGGCUACUACAACGAGUCCAUGCGAGCCAUCCCCGACGUUUCAGCAGUCGGCACCGCCUUCAGCAUCAUCUCGGGCGGCUACCCGCGCUCUGUUCAGGGCACCAGCGCCAGCGCCCCCGUCUUCGCCGCCAUGAUUGCCCUGAUCAACGACGCCCGCCUGCGCGCCGGCAAGAAGUCGCUGGGCUUCCUGAACCAGCACCUGUACUCGAGCGAGGUCAGAGCCGUGCUGCAGGACAUCACGGCGGGACAGAGCGCCUCUUGCAUCUGGAACGACGCAGACAUACCGGGAGGCUGGCCGGCGGCCGAGGGCUGGGAUGCCAUUACGGGGCUGGGCGUGCCCAAGCGGUUCGACAAGCUGAUGGAGGUGCUGGUGAAUCAUCUUCCACGCCUGGCGACUGGCUUCGCCCGCUUCAAGAUGCCCACGCAGCACGUCGAGCCCGAGUCUCACGCUCUGCUCCAAGAUGUCGCAAACUCUCUGCUCAAGGCGCGAAAGGUGGUCGUGGUUACCGGCGCGGGCAUCAGCACCAACUCGGGCAUACCGGACUUCCGCUCCGAAAAUGGCCUCUACUCGCUCAUCCAGGCUCAGUUCGACGCUGCGAACCAGCCUACGCGACCGGCCGAACGAAGCAAGGCUGACGGCACCGCCGACAGCGGAGAGGAGCCUCGCCCGACGAAACGCGGAAUGACGUCGCGGGAGGCUUCCCCAGACCUGGACGAGGUUACCCGACAGCUGAGAGACGACAUUGAAGCCCGCGCCGAGUCCCAGAGGCCCGCUGCGUCCAGUCGAGCCGCCGGCACGCAGCCAGCCGUGGCCGCCUCGGAUGCAAACGCGUCGGCAGAGGGCGUUUGUUUGAGCACUCCGCGUCGCAAGCCCGCGCUUCCCUCCACCCCCCUGCCGACGACGUCUCCCCUCUCUUCUCCUCCCCGAGAAGACUUUCUGAUUCCUUUGCCGUCAUGGUCUUCGUCAUCGAUCCUGCGAACCGAAGAUCGUAAGCGCAUCACCGACGCCUCUCACAAUGUCGUUUCGUCUCCUCUCUCCUCGCCGCCGCCGGUCCUCUUCGAUCCCUUUCACCCUUCCUCUCCUUCCGACGAAGACAGGAGUCGCCGUAGUAGCACCACGCCGUCGGAAGCGGGAGAGAACCCGCCCAACGCGAUGCCCGCUUCCCAGACAUCCAGCUUCGGAAAGGCAAACCUGCCCAACAUGAAGGGCAAGGACCUCUUCGACGCUUCGAUAUGGUCGGAUCCUACGAGGACCUCCGUCUUCUACCAGUUUGCAACGUCUCUACGGCAAAAGGUCCGCGACGCCGAGCCUACAAGCUCCCACAAGUUCAUCAGCCACCUGAGGGACCGCGGCAAGCUGGUACGAUGCUAUACGCAAAACAUUGACCAAAUUGAGGAGAAGGUCGGCCUGUCGACGUCUUUGGAGGAUGGGCCGGGCAGUCGAGGACGCUUCUCGCGCAAAGCGACGGCAAACGCUUCGCAGCUCAACAAAAUGGUGCAAGAAGUAUCCAGCGGUGAGGGCGGCGCAUCCAGCCAUGUCAAUGCGUCCAGCCAAUCAUCGAAUGGGUCGAGUGAGCAAUCAUCAGCAGAGUCAUCACAGGCCAAUGAUAGGACGGAAGAGGAAGACAGUGCUGGCAGCAGCAGCACCACCGCCGCCACCACCACCACCACCACCACACCGCCAGAUCGACCCAAGCCGGCCCCGAGAAAGGAGCCGCCGCAAUCGGGUGUGGAGUGCGUCUUCCUGCAUGGCUCGCUGCAGCUUCUACGAUGCUUCCUCUGCGGGCAGGUGUGCUCUUGGGACGACGACGACCGCGAGGUGGAGACGCUGUCCGGCCUGCAGCCUGAAUGUCCUCACUGCGUUGGCGCCACGGAAGCGCGUCAGGAAAGGGGCAAGCGAGCGCUGGGCGUGGGCAAGCUGCGUCCCGACAUUGUGCUCUAUGGCGAGGAGCACCCCAGCGCCCACCUCAUCAGCCCCAUCGUGACGCACGAUCUUGCCCUGUAUCCGGACAUGCUCCUGAUCCUGGGGACCAGCCUGCGAGUCCACGGGCUCAAGGUCCUCGUCAGGGAGUUUGCAAAGACGGUGCACAGCCGUGGCGGCAAGGUAGUCUUUGUCAACUUCACCAAGCCGCCAGAGAGCUCCUGGGGCGACAUCAUUGACUACUGGAUCCAGUGGGACUGUGACGCGUGGGUGAGCGAUCUCCAGGUGCGCAUCCCCAAGCUCUGGCAAGAUCCGGAGCCGCCAAAGCCCAAGAAGAAGCGCGACUCGGGAGGAGCCGCCGACGACAAUCGCGAGGAGAAGAAGAGACCGCCUGCACAGAACCCGGUUGCCUUGCGCGACACAAAGGUGAAUGGCGCGUACUGCACGCUGAAAAUUCUCAAAGAGCUGCGCAGAAUCACAUACACUCGUGACUCGGCCGCCAUCGGGAACCCCAUCAUCACCGCGCCCGAGCCCCCGACUACCACCGAGGCGAUUUCUCGAGCUGUGGCCAUGGAUUCUUCGCGCACAAGCACGCCCAGGGGCAAGUCCAAACGAUCGCGUAGGUCUGCGACAGGAGCCAUAGACAGGCCUAAGCGGACGCCAUCGACACUGAAUCCGAACCAUGGCCGGUCCAAGAAACCCACGGCAGAGGCCAAGAAGAAACAGCAGGAGGAGGAGGAAGUGCCUGAGACGCCUAGCCAGCCGCCAGCUAGCACGGUGGAGGAAUUCAGCUCGAUCCUCCACUCUGUCAAGUCUAACCCACGCAUACGGAAGCGGAAGAUGAUUGACGGAGAAGAAUUUGUAUUUCCCGCGGUUGGGAAGAAGCGCGGCGCGGUGGAUAGCCUAUACAAGGGGCCGGGGGACGACACAAAGGAGCUACCACCUCUGCGCCCUAUGCCG